AUGUCUGGGCGUGGCAAAGGCGGUAAAGUUAAGAGAAAGAGCAAGACUCGUUCUAGCCGAGUAGGGCUUCAAUCCCCUGUCGGUCGUAUCCAUCGACUUCUCCGAAAAGGCAAUUAUGCCGAACGUGUUGGAGCUGGAGCACCAGUGUACCUGGCUGCCGUGUUAGAAUACUUAGCUGCUGAAGUGUUGGAGUUGGCUGGUAAUGCCGCCAGAGACAACAAGAAAACUAGGAUCAUCCCUAGACAUCUCCAACUCGCCAUCCGAAACGACGAGGAGUUGAACAAACUCCUUUCCGGAGUAACUAUUGCUUAG